AUGGGUCCAUUUCCAAACUCAAAUGGUUUCUUAUAUAUUCUGUUGGCUGUUGAUUAUGUUUCUAAGUGGGUGGAAGCAAUUCCUACCCAUACUGAUGAUGCUAACGUGGUUGUCUCUUUUGUUAGGAAUAAUAUUAUUUGUCGCUUUGGAUCACCACAAGCAAUCAUGAGUGAUCAAGGGUCUCACUUUUGUAACAGAAGAAUGAUAGGGUUGAUGAAGAAACAUGGCAUCAUUCACAAGGUGGAGACGGCUUACUAUCUCCAAAGAAAUGGCCAAGCCGAGGUGUCUAAUAGAGAGAUCAAGCGCAUACUCGAGAAGAUUGUUAAACCUCAUAAAAUGGACUGGAGCUCUAGGCUUGGAAAUGCGCUAUGGGCUUAUCGGAUAGUUUACAAGACACCCAUCAGCAUGAGUACAUUCCACUUAGUCUACAAAAAGGCUUUUCACCUUCCGGUAGUGGUGGAACACAAAGCUUACUGGGCUAUGAAGGAAUGCAACUCAAGAUUGGGAGGAGCCAAAAUUGAAAGAAAAUUACCAAUGGAGGAAUUAGAGUGCCUUCGGCUAGAAGCGUAUGAAAACUCAAGGCUCUACAAAGAAAAGGUGAAGGCGGUACAUGACAAGAACAUCAAGAGAAGAGAGUUUAGAGCUGGGGAUCAAGCCCUUCUCUAUAACUCAAGGUUGAGAUUAAUGUCGGUUAAAUUGAGGUCAAGAUGGGAUGGACCCUACAUGGUCGAGAAGGUUGAACCGUAUGGAGUUGUCUAUCUAAGUCACCCCUCAAGCCCUACCUUAUUCAAAGUCAAUGGCCAUCGUUUAAAGCUAUAUCAUGGUGUGAAAGUAAAGAACAACAAGGAGAUGAAGAUCUUCCUCUUGAAGGAUCCGGCAAGGGAAGAGGACUGA